GCAGUGCUCGGUGGAAAAGGGGAGAAAACAAAGAGAGACACGAAACGUUGAAGGAAAACAGCAAGGCCAUGGCACAUAGGCUGGCUGACAACUCCGCAGCCAUUUUCUCGCCAUCCGUUGCCCGCAUUGCCGCCUCUACUGCCCGCGACUGGUCAUACGUCGAUGCCUGGCUUGCGUCCAAGUCGCCGGCCUGGAAAACUUCAUUGCCGCCCUUUGAGCGAAACCAGGACACGCUCAAGGCGCUUCUUGCUCUUGUGUCCUUGAACGAGGCGGCCGACGACCAGCGCCGUCUUCUUGCCCGGGUCGAUGCGGCAGCUCUGCAGGGCCUGACCGCCGCUCAAAACAAGGCCGAGGCGGCCACUUCUCCCACCGGCAGCGCUCUUACAAAAGGCCAUUUGCUCGACGCGAUAGAGCACAGCCUGCCUAAAGAUGGCGCCAGCGCUCUGGAUGCCCUCACCACAGUGGCCUCUGAGGCUGCCACCGCCAGCCCUGAUCCCGACCACCUGGGCAGCCUGAUGCUUCGCCUCCAGGGCACGAUUUACGGAGCCGAGCAGACGGCGGCCCGAGUUGAUGCCUUUGAGCGCCACAUUCAGCGAGAGGCCGAGGCAACGGAGGAGUUGCUCCAUACGUUGCAGGGCGAAUGCUAUAAGCCGCCGUCGGAUUUGGCCAAGCAAAACCUGGAUGUGCAGCGAAGGAUAAAGACCGUGUCUGCGCAGCUGCCCGAUCUCCAUGACCGCGUUGCGGCUCUUGGUGCAUCCGUCGUGACGCCUUAUUUAACCAUUGGAGAUGUGAUUGACUUGGAGCAGCGAUACCAUGCUCUGGUGUUUCACAUGAAGGAGCUUAGUGAGCACAUUGCUGCUCUUUCGCAAGACAAUUCAUGACAUUCUUUACGAUAUGACGACGUGGUCGUGGAAGCUGGUAGCGUUUCCUACCUAUGAACACCUAAAAUGUGGACUGGAUUCUCAUAAUUGAAUAAUGGCUCAAAAGUCAUUUGCUUCGCUAUCGAAAAAAAUCGCUGCCACACCUCCUUUCAUUCUCUUUACAAACUAUCCUCGUGGUAUCUACUGGUUUCGACGGGACUUGCCUGACACGGCGCCCCCUAAUCUCCCAAAUUGCCUUCCAAGUCCUGAUUUUUUGACAGGUGGAGGGGAUAUUACCGGAGCCUGGUCUUUCGUUGGCACAGGCGGCCCAGAAGGCCCUGCUCGAGUGUUGUCUCUGUUUUUACCCUCCGGUGAUGCUUCUCCUAUGCGGAAUUCGCUGACCCCAACCGAGAACGUGUCUUCAAUGUCAACACUAUGUCGUUGACUUCUUCUUGCCCUCUCUUGAACGCUGCGAAAUUUUUCCAGAAGUUCAACCCAUCGUAUUGCUCCUUCUUCUCGCCCCUUCAGUCUGUUUGGUCGGUCAUAGUUUGACGACGUCGGAGCACCUGCUACACUGUACUCAUUAUUCUUAUUAGUUAUGAAUGACACUUUUAGAGAUUUCC